AUGUCGAACGUGAGAGAGGAUGACAUCAAAGAGAAGGAUGUUUACUUCCGGUGGGAACAAUUGGUGUUACGUAAAUGGCACCAUGGAUUUUCCGAACCGUUUGAUAACAUUGGGGUGGCAUUCAAUGAUGAUGAGGUAUCAGCGGAAUCAUUUCACUUUGCAUUUACAGUUACCGCAACAUAUGAACAACGGGUAGAUCGUCAUCUUGCUGAACACAUGUUUUCAUGGACCAUUCAUGCUCGACCAACAUUCUUGAAGAUAUUUCCAAAUUGGGUUAAACUUCCCUGGACGCACUGUUCGUGGUUCACGUUCCCCUUAAUUAUUAACGGUAUCGAUCAUGUCACUGAACAAUCAGAUGCACGCACGAGGAGGCUGGUGAAUCGGGUAUUGGUGAUGAAAGACGGGGACGAGUGA